GAGGUUUAAUGAGCGAUGUGGCAACCCUGCGGCCGAUUAGAAAACAUUCCAUCUCAGCGAAGUCGGUCGGGACUUUCAAAUAAUAAAGGAAAACGUGAAUUAAUAACUUUAGGAGCUUUUUAACAUGUGACUCGCUGUCAGCCGAAGCCUAUGCUGAUGGACAGAAGGUGUUUAUAUGAAGAGCUGUCGCGAUAGUGUCGCUCUGUCAACGGGUCCUCUACAGAGGAUGGCGGGGAUUAGAACGUAUGUGGGUCACGUGACGCGAGGACUGAAGAUUGACGCCAUGAGGGAAGCCGGACGUCAGUAUCCAGUGGUCUGCUUUGUGCUGCUGUCCAUGGUGUCAAUGACUGUGCUGCUCAACAGGUACAUCCACAUCCUGAUGGUGUUCUGGUCCUUCCUGGCCGGAGUCACCACCUUCUACUGCUCCUUCGGCCCAGAGUCUCUCCUCCCCAACAUCCUCUUCUCCGUCAAGCCCCGGAGUAAACGGCGGCGGGAGCCGGCUCUGUUUCCUCUGGGUCACAGCUGUGCCGUCUGCGGGAAGGUGAAGUGCAGCCGCCACCGGCCGACGCUGCUCCUUGAAAACUAUCAGCCGUGGCUCGACCUGAAGGUUCCUUCAAAGGUGGACGCGUCUGUAGCAGAGGUGUUUGAGUUGGUCCUGGAGAACUUUGUGUACCCGUGGUACAGGGACAUCACGGACGACGAGGCCUGCGUGGAUGAACUCAGGAUGACCUUUCGCUUCUUCGCCUCGGUGCUCGUCCGCCGGGCUCAGAAGGUGGACGUUCCCGUCGUGUUCGCAGACAAAGUGAUGAAAGCCGCCAUGAAGCACAUUGAAAUUAUUGCAAAAGCUCGAGGAAAAGAUGAAGGUGUUUCCACACGUCUUCUCCCAUCAGUGGACCUGUGUGCGUCUGCAGUGAAGGACUCGGCCGACCUUCAGCAGGCGGCUCUGGACCAAUACGGCGACGACCUCCACAUGGCGCUGCGCAGCCGGAGGGACGAGCUGCUGUACCUGAGGAAGCUGACCGAGAUGCUGUUUCCCUUCGUCAUGCCGCCCAAAGCCACCGACUGCAGGUCUCUGGCCCUGCUGCAGCGGGAGGUGAUGGCCGGAUCGGUCCUGCUGCCCACCAUGGACUUCAUGGCCGACCCCGACAACGUGAACCUCAUGGUGCUGCUGUUCGUGGACAACUCUCCGCCCGAGUCGCCCAGCGACCCUCCCUCCCCCUUGGUGCCCUUUUUACAGAAAUAUGCCGACGUCAGCAGCAAGAAGCCGUCAGUGCUGAAGUUGGACCUGAAGGAGAUCCGGGAGCAGCAGGAUCUCCUCUUCCGUUUCAUGAACUUCCUGAAGCAGGAAGGAGCCGUUCACGUGCUGCAGUUCUGCCUCGCUGUGGAGGAGUUCAACGAUAAGAUCCUGAGUCCAGAUCUGAGCGACUCGGAGCUGCAGCGGCUCCACGGCGAGGUGUUGCACAUCUACGAGACCUACUGCCUGGACGAGAGCAUCGACAAGAUCAGCUUCGACGGGUUCAUCGUGGAGGAGAUCAGGAACAUCGCUGUAGGUCCAUACGGCGACGUGGUGAAGCUGCAGACGAUGCACUGCCUCUUCGAGGCGUACGAACACGUCCUGUGUCUGCUGGAGAGAGUCUUCACCCCGAUGUUCUGCCACAGCGACGAGUACUUCAGGCACCUGCUGAGGGGGGCGGAGUCGCCCACCAGGAACUCCAGAAUCAACAGGAACCCGUCUAAGCGAGGCGAGUCGUUCGGGAUCAGCAGGAUCGGCAGCAGGAUCAAAGGCGUGUUCAAGAGCAGCGCCACGGAGGGCGCCAUGCUGCCGCCCAGCGCCAUGAGCGACCCGGACUACGAGCUGGUGGAGGAGGCCACCGUGGUGGUGGAGGACGACUCCCCCGCCGAGCCGGCCGCGGCGCCGGGCUCCCCGAGGAACCUGUCGGCCUGGAGCCUCGUCAUCCCCUACAUCGACAUGUACGACGACCACGUGAAGCGCGAGAGGGUCCCGGUGUUCUGCAUCGACGUGGAGCGCCGCGACCGCCAGGAAGGUGAGGAGGUCACAGUCGGGCACCACCCUGAGACGUGGUCGGUGUUCCGCAGAUACCUGGAGUUCUACGUGCUGGAGUCCAAACUCACAGAGUUCCACGGCACAUUUGCAGACGCUCAACUUCCUUCCAAAAGAAUCAUCGGACCAAAGAAUUGUGAUUUUCUGGCCUCCAAAAGGGAGGAAUUUGAGGAGUAUUUACAGAGGCUCCUGCAGCAUCCGGAGCUCAGCAACAGUCAGCUGCUGGCAGACUUCCUGUCUCCUCACAGCGUGGAGUCUCAGUUCCUGGAGCGGAUGCUUCCUGAUGUGAACCUGGGGAAGAUCUUUAAGUCGGUCCCAGGGAAGCUGAUGAAGGAGAAAGGACAGAACCUGGACCCCUUCAUCCAGUCCUUCUUCAACUCCUGCGAGGCGCCCAAACCCAAACCCAGCCGUCCGGAGCUGACGGUCCUCAGCCCGUCCACCGAGAGCAGCAAGAAGCUCUUCAACAAGCUGUUCAGGAACAACGCCAACCUGCCGGAGAGUUCAGAGAGGAAACCCAACGACAACAUCCAGGAAACGAUGUCAGUAGACGGCAUGUAUGACUACGUGAUGUAUGUCGGUCGGACGGUGUUCCACACAGCGGACUGGCUCCAUCACACUCUGGCUGCUGUGAGGAUCCUUCUGAAGAACACGUUUGAAGCCUACGUGGACCAGUUCAUGCAGUCCAAGCUGGAGCAGAUGCUCCAGGAGAACCACAUAGUGUCCCUCAUCACUCAGCUCAGAGACUCGGUGUUCUGUGAGAGCAGCGAGCAGCGAGCUCCUGAGGACCAACAGGUCCGAGCCAAGCAGACCUUCGAUGAGAUGAUGAACUUUCUACCAGACUUCGUGGAGAAGUGCGUCGGCCAGGAGGCGAAAUACGAAGGAAUCCGCCUGCUGUUCGAUUCCUUCCAGCAGCCCGUCCUCAACAAGCAGAUGACGUACGUCCUGCUGGACAUCGCCGUGCAGGAGCUCUUCCCCGAGCUCCGCCAGGGAGCGAAGGACGCCGCCGUGUGACGAGGAUCAACAUCUGGAUCCCAGAAGUGCAAUAAUCACUAUAAACCUCUGGGCUCAUAUUUACAUUGCAAUAAAGAGAUAUUUAUUAA